UGCAGAGUUCCUUCUCAAGUUUCAAAGAUGGCCGACAGAAAGAGCAGCAGUGGCGUCGGCUCUCGUCAGACCGUAAAGAGGAAAGAGAGAGCAGAAAAUGAGGCAAAGAAAGAGGAGAAACCCCCUAAAGAAGGAGAGAAGCCUGAGGUGAAUGGAAAGAAGGAGGCGGUGGAGAACGGAGAGGCCGGUGCCGGUGUGGAGAACGGAGGGAACGGAGAGAAACCGGAGCCGAUGGAGCUGCCGCCGUUCGAGAUCAUCACCGGGGAUCGCAUUGACCCGUUCUUCUACAAGUUCCAGUUCAAGAACGUCGAGUACUCGUCCGGCCGGAAUAAAACCUUCUUGUGCUACCUGGUGGACCAGGGCUCGGACAGCCUCCUCCGCGGCUACCUCGAGGACGAGCACGCGGGCGCCCACGCCGAGGACGCCUUCUUCCAGCAGGUCCUACCCAACUACGACCCAGCCUGCAAAUACACCAUCACCUGGUACAUGUCGUCCAGCCCGUGCGCGGCCUGCGCCGGGAAGCUCACAGAGAUCCUGAAGGCCAGGAAAAGCGUUCGCCUGACGAUCUUCUCCGCGCGGCUCUUCGACUGGGAGGAGCCUGAGAUCCAGGCGGGGCUAAAGGCCCUAGCGGCCGCCGGCUGCAAACUGCGCAUGAUGAAGCCGCUGGAUUUCACCUACACCUGGGACACGUUCGUAGAGAACGACGAGGAGCCGUUCACGCCGUGGGAGGACUGCCAGGACAACUACGAGUACUAUCAGGAUAAACUGGCCGACAUCCUGCAGUGAUGAUAUUGAAGCACUAGUGGAAGAGAGAGUGUGUGUGUGUGUGAGAGAGAGAGCCCCGUGCCAACCCUUCACUCUCUGCAUCCGCACGCGGAGAGACGAUUAAACAUUACUGGGUG